UCCCCCCGCCGGAGCUCACUGUCUCCAAGAUGGCGGCCGUGUCAGUUUGGGGCAUCUCCGCGGUCCGGCCCGGGCCCCCGGGAUCCCGGCUAUCUUCCUCUCAGGAUUCUUUCUACUAAUGCAGAUACUUUUUGAAGUACUGAAUAGUUUCUUGGGGAAAGAUGUGGAGGAAGAGUUGAAGUCCAUAGACUGGUGAGCACAGAUUGCGGAGGACAAAAUAGCCAGCGCUCUGGUUUAAGAUGCUCAUUUUCUGCUUGGAAGCUGGGAAUGAGAUGUAUGGAAUUACUUUAUGAAGAGACCAAUGUGUGUUGCUAUUGGAAAGUUUGAAGAUAACCAGUUGCUUUGGUUUCUAAGGUAAAAGUGGGACAGAAUUUCAUAUUGUGAAAGGAGGAAGGACUCAGGCCAGAAAACUUGUAUGCUAUGGUUAACUGGUUCCCAGCCUCCGAGAAUCUUGUUUUCUAUGGUGUAAGACUUGCUCAGCAUCAGGAUAAGGGAUAACGACUCUAUGGAUAUACAGAAUCCUUCACCAUGGUAAAACUCGCUAACCCGCUGUACACGGAGUGGAUUUUGGAAGCCAUCAAAAAAGUGAAGAAGCAGAAACAGCGACCGUCCGAAGAAAGGAUAUGCAAUGCAGUGUCUUCAUCCCAUGGUUUGGAUCGCAAAACUGUUUUAGAACAGUUGGAGUUGAGUGUUAAAGAUGGAACGAUUUUAAAAGUCUCAAACAAAGGUCUCAAUUCCUACAAAGAUCCUGAUAAUCCUGGACGAAUAGCACUUCCUAAACCUCGAAACCAUGGAAAAUUGGAUAAUAAACAAAAUGUGGAUUGGAAUAAAUUGAUCAAACGGGCAUUUGAAGGCUUGGCAGAGUCUGGUGGCUCAACUUUGAAAAGUGUUGAACGCUUUUUGAAAGGUCAGAAGGAUGUGUCUGCCUUAUUUGGAGGCAGCACUGCCUCUGGCUUUCACCAGCAGCUACGAUUGGCUAUCAAACGUGCAGUUGGUCAUGGCAGACUCCUUAAAGUUGGACCUCUCUAUCGGCUCAACAGUAAGGCAACUAGUGCUGACGGGAAAGAGAGUUGCGAGUCGCUUUCCUCUUUACCUCCAGUCUCACUGCUUCCACAUGAGAAAGAUAAGCCUGUUGCUGAGCCGAUCCCCAUCUGUAGUUUCUGUCUUGGUACAAAAGAACAAAACCGGGAAAAGCAGCCUGAGGAGCUCAUCUCCUGCGCAGACUGUGGCAACAGUGGUCAUCCAUCCUGUUUAAAGUUUUCCUCAGAACUGACAGUUAGAGUAAAAGCCUUACGGUGGCAAUGUAUUGAGUGUAAAACAUGCAGCUCCUGUCGUGAUCAGGGCAAAAAUGCAGAUAAUAUGCUUUUUUGUGAUUCAUGUGACCGAGGUUUUCACAUGGAGUGUUGUGAUCCUCCACUCACACGGAUGCCAAAAGGCAUGUGGAUAUGUCAAAUAUGUCGACCUAGGAAAAAAGGACGAAAGCUUCUACAAAAGAAGGCAGCACAGAUAAAACGGCGCUAUGCUAACCCAAUAGGACGUCCAAAAAACAGGUUAAAGAAACAAAACACGGUAUCAAAAGGUCCUUUUAGCAAAGUUCGAACUGGUCCUGGAAGGGGUCGGAAACGUAGAAUCACUAUCUCCAGCCAAUCAGCAUCGUCAUCAGAAGAAGGAUACUUAGAGCGAAUAGAUGGCUUGGAUUUCUGCAGAGAUAGCAGUGUCCCCUUGAAGUUCAACAAGAAAACCAAAGGGCUUAUUGAUGGCCUUACCAAAUUCUUCACCCCUUCUCCUGAUGGGCGGAAAGCCCGAGGGGAGGUGGUAGACUACUCUGAGCAAUACAGAAUCAGGAAAAAGGGCAAUAGAAAAUCAAGCACUUCAGAUUGGCCCACAGACAAUCAGGAUGGCUGGGAUAGCAAGCAAGAAAGCGAGGAACGGCUUUUUGGGAGCCAGGAAAUCAUGACGGAGAAAGAUAUGGAAUUAUUUCGUGAUAUCCAAGAACAAGCCCUGCAGAAAGUUGGAGUUACUGGCCCCCCUGACCCACAAGUCCGCUGUCCCUCUAUCAUUGAGUUUGGGAAGUAUGAAAUUCACACCUGGUACUCCUCUCCGUAUCCUCAAGAAUACUCAAGGCUGCCUAAAUUGUAUCUUUGUGAAUUCUGUCUAAAAUAUAUGAAAAGUAGAACUAUUCUUCAGCAGCACAUGAAGAAAUGUGGUUGGUUCCAUCCUCCUGCCAAUGAGAUUUACCGAAAGAAUAAUAUUUCUGUCUUUGAGGUGGAUGGGAAUGUGAGUACAAUUUAUUGUCAAAACCUUUGUCUUUUGGCAAAGUUGUUUCUUGACCACAAAACACUCUAUUAUGAUGUGGAGCCAUUUCUUUUUUAUGUACUAACACAGAAUGAUGUCAAGGGCUGCCACCUUGUUGGCUACUUUUCUAAAGAAAAGCACUGCCAGCAGAAAUACAACGUCUCCUGUAUAAUGAUUCUUCCCCAAUACCAACGUAAGGGCUACGGCAGGUUUCUCAUCGAUUUCAGUUAUUUGCUGUCAAAGCGUGAAGGCCAAGCAGGGUCUCCUGAGAAACCAUUAUCAGAUCUAGGUCGUCUCUCCUACAUGGCUUAUUGGAAAAGUGUAAUAUUGGAGUGCCUUUAUCACCAAAAUGACAAACAAAUUAGCAUUAAGAAGUUAAGUAAGUUGACUGGAAUCUGCCCUCAAGACAUUACUUCCACACUCCACCACCUGCGAAUGCUGGACUUUCGCAGUGACCAAUUUGUGAUUAUCCGCCGGGAAAAACUUAUCCAGGAUCACAUGGCAAAACUUCAGCUGAAUCUGCGACCUGUAGAUGUAGAUCCAGAAUGUUUGCGCUGGACUCCAGUCAUAGUCUCCAACUCUGUUGUCUCAGAGGAGGAAGAAGAGGAGGCUGAUGAAGGAGAAAAAGAAGAGCCACAGUGCCAGGAAAGAGAAUUAGACACCACUGUAAGGGUGGGAAAAUCUGUGUCUCGGGAGAAUAAAGAAGAUUCUUAUUCUUUGGUAGAGAGUGAAAAGAAACCAGAAGUUAAGGCUCCAGCAAGUUCUACACGUUUAAACAAACAGGCCCUUCCCCGGGAUAGUCUUCCUGCAAAUAGCCUGCCACCACGGAGGGGCCGUUGUGGGAGAAAGAACAGAAAAACCCAAGAACGUUUUGGUGAUAAAGAUUCCAAACUGUUCUUGGAUGAGACAUCAUCAACUCCUCAGGAACAAUAUGGAGAAUGUGAGGAAAAAUCAGAAACCUCCCAAGAACAAUACACUGAAAACGAAGAACAGUUGACAGCUUCUCAGGUGCAGCCAAGCCUGGAUGGGAAGCCAGACAUUCCCAAAAGGAGACUAAGUGAGAGUGUGGAACUGUGGCGAGGACAGCUCAAGAAAAGCCCUGAGGCCCUGAAGUGCAGAUUGCCAGAAGGAAACGAUCGACUGUCUCAUUGCUAUAGCGAUGAUGAUCGGGCUGGCGUUAGGGGCUUCAGUGAGAGUAGUGAGGAAGAGGAAGAGCCAGAAAGUCCUCGGUCAAACUCGCCACCAAUUCUUACAAAGCCCACAUUAAAGAGAAAGAAACCAGUUCUUCAUCGAAGAAGAAGAGUCCGCAAGCGCAAACACCACAAUAGCAGUGUAGUCACAGAAACCAUCUCUGAGACCACUGAGGUAUUAGAUGAACCUUUUGAAGACUCUGACUCUGAGAGGCCAAUGCCAAGACUGGAACCUACAUUUGAGAUUGAUGAAGAGGAGGAGGAAGAGGAUGAAAGCGAGCUCUUUCCUAGAGGGUACUUUCAUCGCUUGUCCUCACAGGAUGUCCUUAGAUGUCAGUCUUCUUCUAAGAGGCAGUCCAGAGAUGAGGAGGAAGAAGAGGAAUCAGAUGACGUGGAUGAUACUCCUGUCCUAAAGCCAGUAUCUCUUUUGAGAAAAUGUGAUGUGAAUAACUCUUCACUUGAGCCAGAUACCUCCACACCUAUGAAAAAGAAAAAGGGAUGGCCUAAAGGCAAAAGCCGAAAACCUGUUCACUGGAAGAAAAGACCUGGACGAAAACCAGGAUUUAAAUUGAGUCAGGAAACCAUAGCCACUUCUACACAAGAAUGUGUUGUUGAUCCUGUAGUCCCCAUUUUAAAACCUGGACGUAAACCCAGAACUCAAGAGAAUGAAGAAAUUGUUGAGCUAAAGGAAGUCUUUCCCUCAUUGGAAGAAGGGAAGGAAGAGAUGCAUACUGAAGCAGAUGAGGAGGCCGAAGAGGGAGAAGAGACAACUGCCAGUGACAUCAGAGCCACGUCUCCAGUGGACAGCAGCAACAGCCCUGAGGCCGAACCGAAAGAACUUGAGGCAGAGGAGGAAGAUGAGAAACCUUUGGUCCCAGAAGAACAGAGGCAGUCAGAGGAAGAGCCACAAGAGCUAGAAGAACAGGAGCAAGAAGAUGAAGACAGAGUGACCACAGAGGCCACUCAGAAUGAAGACCAUGAUGCAGAUGAUGAAGAUGAUGGUCAUCUGGAUUCUCUGAAGACCAAGGAGCCAGGGGAACAGCCAGCUAAAGAAGAUGGCAAAGAGGAACCUGGCACUCAGGAAUCUUUUUUAGAUGCAAACAUGCAGGACACUAGGGAGAAUGUAAAGGAUAAAGAUGAAAUUGAACCGGAUUCUGAAGAGGAACAGCCUUCCCAUGAGACAUCUGUGAUAUCAGAAAACAUGCCGGGGUCCGAGGACGACCAUGAGGAAGACUCCAACACUAAAGAAUUAACUGAGCUAAAAGAGGAGGAAGAGAUUCCACACACUGAACUAGAUUUGGAAACUGUGCAGGCAGUGCAGUCUUUGACUCAAGAAGAAAGCAGUGAGCAUGAAGGAGCCUACCAGGACUGUGAGGAAACUCUUGCAGCCUGUCAGACCUUGCAGAGUUACACCCAGGCCGAUGAGGACCCCCAGAUGUCAAUGGUUGAAGACUGUCAUGCUUCAGAGCAUAACAGCCCAAUAUCCUCUGUUCCAUCUCAUCCUAGCCAGUCAGUCCGCUCAGUCAGCAGCCCCAGCGUGCCUGCCCUAGAGAGUGGUUACACACAGAUCAGCCCAGAGCAAGGAUCCCUGUCCGCACCCUCUAUGCAGAACAUGGAGACCAGCCCCAUGAUGGAUGUGCCUUCCGUAUCAGACCAUUCUCAGCAGGUGGUAGACAGUGGCUUCAGCGAUCUGGGCAGCAUCGAGAGUACUACAGAGAACUAUGAGAACCCAAGCAGCUACGAUUCCACCAUGGGCAGCAGCAUCUGCGGGAAUAACUCCUCUCAGAGCAGCUGCUCCUAUGGUGGUCUAUCAUCCUCAAGUAGCCUCACCCAGAACAGUUGUGUUGUCACUCAGCAAAUGGCAAACAUGGGCAGUAGCUGCAGCAUGCUGCAGCAAAACAGUGUCCAGCCUUCUACCAACUGUAAUAUCAAGUCACCUCAGACUUGUGUGGUAGAAAGGCCUCCUAGUAACCAGCAACCACCACAGCAGCCACCGCAGCAGCAGCAGCAGCAACAGCAGCAGCAGCAGCAGCAGCAACAGCAGCAGCAGCCCACACCACAGCCUCCCCCACCCCAGCCACAGCAACAACAGCAGCCGCCAUCACAGCAGCAGCAGCCACAGCAGCCUCAGCCCCCACCCCCACCCCAGCAGCAGCCCCCUCUCUCACAGUGUAGUAUGAACAACAGCUUCACUGCAGCUCCAAUGAUAAUGGAGAUACCAGAAUCUGGAGGUGCUGGGAACAUCAGUAUCUAUGAGAGGAUUCCAGGGGAUUUUGGUGCUGGCAGCUACUCUCAACCAUCAGCCACCUUCAGUCUAGCCAAGUUGCAGCAGCUGACUAACACCAUUAUGGACCCUCAUGCCAUGCCUUACAGUCAUUCUCCUGCUGUGACUUCCUAUGCAACCAGUGUUUCUCUGUCUAAUACAGGACUGGCUCAGCUAGCUCCAUCUCAUCCCUUAGCUGGGACCCCUCAAGCACAAGCCACCAUGACUCCACCCCCCAACUUGGCAUCCACUACCAUGAACCUGACGUCACCUCUACUGCAGUGCAACAUGUCUGCCACUAACAUUGGCAUUCCUCACACUCAGAGGUUACAAGGGCAGAUGCCAGUCAAGGGACACAUAUCCAUCCGCUCCAAGUCUGCACCCUUACCCUCUGCGGCUGCACACCAACAGCAGCUUUAUGGCCGCAGCCCACCAGCGGUCGCCAUGCAGGCUGGCCCUCGUGCAUUGGCUGUUCAGCGUGGCAUGAACAUGGGGGUUAAUUUGAUGCCAACUCCCGCCUAUAAUGUCAAUUCCAUGAAUAUGAAUACUUUGAAUGCCAUGAACAGUUACCGAAUGACACAGCCCAUGAUGAAUAGCAGUUACCAUAGUAACCCUGCCUACAUGAACCAGACAGCACAGUAUCCUAUGCAGAUGCAGAUGGGAAUGAUGGGGAGCCAGGCCUAUACCCAGCAGCCUAUGCAGCCAAACCCUCAUGGAAACAUGAUGUACACUGGCCCCUCCCAUCACAGCUACAUGAAUGCUGCUGGCGUGCCCAAGCAGUCACUCAAUGGACCUUACAUGAGAAGAUGAGCAAGAUGAACUUGCAGUUAAAAACUUAAAUAUAUAUAAAUAAAGGAACCUUUUAUACUGACAAACCAGAGAAAAAUGAACUUUUUCCAGUUAAAAUAUUGCUGUAGAAUUAGAGGAACUUUUCUUUGGUUUAUUUUGUUUUUUAGAAAACCUGAUCUCUUUUAGGGGAUUCAGCUUUGUCUUGGGUUUUGGUUUCCUUCACAGUCUUGAACAUUUUACAGUAGAACUCGUCUAAAAAUGGACUUGGGGAUAGGGAAACAUGCACAAAAUCUUUUCAUAAUUAAAAGAGCCUUACUUUCUUUAUACACCACAUGGACAGAAUUUGUGUAAAAGUGAUUUAUUUUAUUUUUAAAUGUAUGUUUCCCCUCACUGUCUGCAGCUCCCAAUGUUGUCGUUUUUAAAUGUUAUAUAUACAUCUCAAGGGCCAACCAGACCCUCUCCUCCAACCCAACCUUUCAUUUCCUACUUCAUUCCAGCAGGAGGCACUUAGGGGAGACUAGGACAGGGACAUGGAGAACAAACCAAGCUCCUUAAACUUAAUGUUAUUAUUAAUAUUAUUAUUAUUAUUAAUAAAGUGAGGCAGGAAAUGCUUCUCCUUGUAAAAUUCCCUCCGCUCCCUGUACAUACACCUCUGGAAACCUUUCCCCAAGAAUGUUUCUUUCUAGACAGACUUCAUUGAAAUAUCUGUUUUUCUUGAAUCAAGUGUAAUAUAAUUCUUUUUUUUUAAUAUUCCCACUCAGCACUCAGAGACACAAAAAUACUGUAAGUCUCACUUAACAGCAGAAUCUCAGAGGAAAGCUGUUUGCAAUCCUAAUCCAGCCUUUGGAGGAUAUGGAUGGUCAGUUAACAAUCAGAAAGAGGAAAUGCACCUCUUGUUUUUUUACCACCUGGUGAAUCAGCCAUAACAUGCACACUCCACUCCUUGUUUUUAGUAUGUACCUGGAAAUGCUGACUAAGGGUCUUGAUGCUUGCGCCUUUGACUCUGGUAACCCUCAGAGCAGUCCCCAGUGAUUUGCCUCUCACAUUUUUCCAUGCAGUUUCCAUGGAUGACUGUAGUGUCAGUGAUUUAGAAAAUACCUGAUGCAGAAUGUGUUCAAACGAUGAUGUUGUGAGUUUUAUAGCUGCAUAAAUGAUACAUACCUCUAGUUUUCAUUUGUCUUGAGAUCCUGAGUUCAUCCCCCAUGAACCAGUGUGCACCAGCCCCUCUCCUGUAGGUAACUAGCAAGGAGAGAUCCACCACCAGCAUAGUAGGGCACAUCUGGACAGCAGGGCUUCAGGACACUCAUAUAUUGCUCCCAGUCCGUUCUUUUCUCUUGUGCAGCCAGUUCAUCCAUUCUCUUACUAUUACUUGCUCCAGGGAUAGGUAAAAAAUUAUAUAUAUAUAUAUACAUUCCAUCAUUAGAAGAUGGAAACUAUUAUACCACUUGGUAUGUGCAGUCAAAUAUCCAAAAGGGGGAAGUACUGCUUCAAGAAAUACCUGUAAGCAUAAAUUCUCUCCUUUAUUUGUACAUUUUAUAUAAAUAAAUUUUUAAAGUACUAAUUAGGCAUUAAAUUUUUUCAAAUGCACAGGUUUGUUGGUUUUUUUAUACACCUUAAUUGGCUUUCUCAAUUAAGUGUGAUAGAUAGAAAGCAGAAUUCCACACCUUUACCGCAAUCAACUCUGAGCAUGUGCAAGGCUGUGUAGGACCCAGUUUCUGUAUAUACUGUUCCAGUUCCCAGUCAUCUCUGUAGAACGUGCACUGUGCCGCCCUCCCCUACAUCUUCAGCUAAUGUCACUGCUUCCUGGAUGGGACGGGAUGGGUGGGAGGGAAGGGAGGUAUAUGGGAGGAGGGUGGGUCAAGGCAGAGGAGAAGCUGUUAAAAUGAGGGCCGUGAAUUCAGUUUCUGUUGAUUUGCGGUUGUGUUUGGUUUUGUUUCUUUUUUUAAAAAAAAAAAAAUUCAAUCGGGCAGCUCCCUUUUCCACAAGCCUCUUUGUGACUGUAGAACUGUUGUAGAAAAAUAUGUUCUUUUCUAUAUUAUAAAAGAAAUUAUCCAACACAGUAAUAUUGGUACCUGUCAUUUUUUCACUUCUGUUUUAAAAAAAAAUGUAUUUUUAGCAAGAUAACUUGGGUAAUCUUCUAAAAAAGAAAUUUAAAAACUCACUGUUAGUGACUUUGAUGCCUUUUAAAAUAAGAGCUUUUUCAUUUCAUUCCAUCUUUAAAAUUUUUUAUCUUUGUUGUAGAAUAUUAAAAACUAUUUUAAGAAAGAUAAAAAUUCUCUUUAAAGAGAUCUCUAGAGUGUGUGAAUAGAGCUCCAGAUGCCUCUAAAAGCCGCAUGUACAAACUAAGUCUAUUACUGUCUGUUUAUAUUUGCUUUUCCUGUUUUGUAACUCUUUGUACUUUGUUCCUGGUGAAUUGUAAGUGGGGGAAGGGUGCUUCGAUGCCCUUGUAUUUCUCCAUGUCAUGCGCUCCUGGCUAGGUGGCCUCCCUUCCUCUCCUUGUAUGUAAUAUCUUUUUUUCCCCUUUCUAGCAAGUACUUUCAAAAGAACUCUGUACAUUUUAACAUAAAAAAAAAAUAAAUUAUGUUGAGCCAUUUUGGA